UGAUGCGUUUACUCGUAUACUUCAUCAGGAGUCUUGUUAUUGUUGUUAAUUAAUAAAUAAAAAAAAAGGAACCCUUAAUCACAGUGGUUUCAGUGUAGUUUUUAAUGAAAAAAUGGCGUUCUCGGCUGUGUGCAAGAUAUCGCGGGUCCUUCGAGUGCUGCGUCUCUCCGGGGAGUCGUUCUCGUGCAAAUCGAGCGUCCCUCGGUUAAAGGAACUAACACCAUGGAGUUGGCAGAAACCAAGGCUCCUGGGUACGCAGGCCAAACUGCCUCCAGUCGAGAGUACGGAACAGCCAAAGAAGAAGAAGGGCCUCAAGAGCCCGCAGAUAACGUUGAUAAUGCCGGACGAGAGCGUCGUGAUGGAGAGCCUCGAGCAGGCGGAGAAGCUGGCCAAGCGCAGGAAGCUCAAGCUCGUCAAGAUCAUAGACUUUGACACGAAGACCGAGAGGCCGCUCUACCGGCUCAUGUCGAACUUGGAGCUCUUCCAGGAGGAGAGCAAAGCCAAGAUCGAGAAGAAGAAUCCGAGCCCUGAUGCCCAGCAGAAGUCAAACCAAAAGCUCUUCAUCAUCUCGUCCAAGAUUGCCGAGAACGACUUACGGGUCAAGCUCAGGCAGAUGCACAAGGUGCUCAGGAAACAGAUAGAGAUACGGGUCUUCAUUUCGCAGGACGGAAAUCCUACCAGAGCUGACAAGUUAGCAGAGCACAUUGAGGAGAAUUUGAAGGAGCGAGCGAGCAAGAAAUCUCAAACGAAAAAAGCAACCACUUUAAAAUUACAUUUUGUACCAAAUCCUUGUCAAGAGGGUGAAGACAGUGAUUUGAGUGAGAGUAAAAGUUGUGAGAACAAUGAUCCUGGUAGUAGUGAUGAAAAGACGCCUGAUUUAAUGAAACGGGACACAGCAGCAACAGCAGUCAAGUAGGAAAAGUCACAGGAAAUGCAUAUUGGGCUCAUUAAAAUUUUCACUUUCGUGAAUAAAUCGUGCUACAAAUAAAUGUAUAGUAAUGUAUAUAAAAGGAGCGUAUUUAACUUUUUGUUUCAAGUUAUUGAUAUGUGUCCUAGUGCUAGACUAGUUGAAAUGUGAUCAAAUUUUCUGAAAACUAUUAUUACUAUUUUUUAUUUUCAAAUGUUACCAUUUUUUUCAUUUUAGUUGAAAGUUAUACGUUUUAUAAUAUCAUGUAGGAUACUUGCGCGUGCUUGUAUAUAUUUACAUUAUAAAAUUCACGAAGUGAUUGUUGCAAAUGGAAAAAUUAACGUUGUUACACUUAUUUUUGUACAAAGUUGAUAGAAAAGUUUUUUAAUUGGUGCACAAAGUACUUGGCAAAAAAUAAAAGUAUUAACUUUUAAGACAAUUCACUACAGCAUGUUAAAUUGUGCCGACUGAUUUGAUGAAUAAAAAAUAAAAUAAAAAGUCAAUAAUUUUGAACGUUGAAAGAGACAUGAAACUUGAGUGAGUCAAGAAAAAGUCAUGAACGAAUCAUUACAAAUUAAUAUACAUCUAACGUCAAUAUCAGCUAAUAAUGCAUAACGUGCCAAUUAUACU